ACGCCCACAAUGCACCGCGCCGGAGAGACGCGCCUGCGUAGUACGUAAGCCCGCGGAGGCGGGGGCAAGAAGAUGGCGGCGCCUAGGCUGGGGCGGCGGAGGAGGCAGCGGGGUUAUUCAUCUGGUGGAGAAUAGAAGCCAAACUGCUCAUUAAAAAUGCCUGGUAAUAUUUCUGAGAUGCUUUGUCUGCCUGAAGCCUUGAUCCUACUUGAAACUUCACAAGUACAAUGGAGUCUGCUGUUGCUGUGCUGCCUUGCGUCCUCGUUACAAACGCUUGGUGGAUAACAUAUUCCCCGAAGAUCCCAAAGAUGGCCUUGUCAAAGCGGACAUGGAGAAGCUGACCUUCUAUGCCGUCUCUGCUCCAGAGAAGCUUGAUCGAAUUGGUGCCUAUUUAGCAGAGAGGCUGAGCAGGGAUGUCGUCAGACACCGCUAUGGAUAUGUCCUCGUUGCCAUGGAAGCCCUGGACCAGCUCCUAAUGGCUUGCCAUUCUCAAAGCAUCAAGCCGUUUGUGGAGAGCUUCCUCCAUAUGGUGGCCAAGCUGCUGGAGUCUGGGGAGCCCGAGCUGCAGGUCCUGGGAACCAACUCGUUUGUCAAGUUUGCAAACAUUGAGGAGGACACACCUUCCUACCAUCGCCGCUACGACUUCUUUGUGUCCCGCUUCAGUGCCAUGUGCCACUCCUGCCAUAAUGACCCGGAAGUGCGGAAUGAGAUCCGGAUUGCUGGGAUCAGGGGCAUCCAGGGGGUGGUCCGCAAGACAGUGAACGACGAGCUCCGAGCCACCAUCUGGGAGCCUCAGCACAUGGACAAGAUUGUCCCCUCGCUGCUCUUCAACAUGCAGAAGAUUGAAGACGCGGACAGUCGGAUUGGGCCACCCUCCUCUCCAACAGGAGGUGAGAAAGAGGAGAACCCGGCUGUGCUGGCUGAGAACUGCUUUCGAGAACUGCUGGGCCGUGCUACCUUUGGGAACAUGAACAAUGCCGUCCGGCCAGUCUUUGCACAUUUAGACCAUCACAGACUGUGGGACCCCAAUGAAUUUGCUGUCCAUUGCUUCAAAAUCAUUAUGUACUCCAUACAGGCACAGUAUUCUCACCACGUGAUCCAGGAGAUCCUGGGGCACCUGGACUAUCGCAAGCGAGACUCUCCCCGCGUUCGAGCAGGGAUAAUUCAGGUCUUGUUGGAGGCGGUGGCCAUUGCUGCGAAAGGAUCCAUUGGCCCGACGGUUCUGGAGGUCUUUAACACGCUCCUGAAGCACUUGAGCCUGAGUGUGGAUUUUGAACUGGGUGACAGGCAGAGCUCUGGCGACAGUCCCCACCCGAACCCCCGUGCCAAGGAGAGUGACGAGAAGAUUGUCCAGAAUGCCAUCAUUCAGACGAUUGGUUUCUUUGGCAGCAACCUCCCUGAUUACCAGCGCUCGGAGAUUAUGAUGUUUGUUAUGGGGAAAGUCCCUGUCUUUGGAACCGUCUCUCACACUGUGGACACCAGCCAGCUUGGAGAUUUGGGAACCAGGAGGAUUCAGAUCAUGUUGCUGCGGUCUUUGCUCAUGGUCACCUCGGGCUACAAUGCCAGGAGUAUCGCCACAGCCCUUUCUGUCCCGUUCCUCGACCCUCUUCUGUCCUCUUCGCUCAUGGAAGACUGUGAGCUUCGGCAGCUGGUCCUGGAGGUGCUGCACAAUCUCAUUGAUCGGCAUGACAACAGAGCCAAGCUUCGAGGAAUCAGAAUAAUACCAGACGUGUCUGAUCUGAAGAUAAAGCGAGACAAAAUUUCACGGCAAGAUGUCAGCUUCAUGAAGAAGCAUGGCCAGCAGUUGUACCGGCAUGUUUACUUGGGCUGCAAGGAAGAAGACAACGUCCAUAAGAACUUUGAGCUGCUCUAUACAUCUCUGGCUCUGAUCACGAUUGAGCUUGCAAACGAAGAGGUGGUCACGGAUCUCAUCCGCCUGGCCAUCGCCUUGCAGGAUGUGGCCAUUCUUAACGAGGACAACUUGCCAAUGUUCAACCGCUGCAGCAUCAUGGCCCUGGUCGCCGCAUACCUCAACUUCCUGAGUCAGAUGAUUGCCGUGCCUGCUUUCUGCCAACACAUUAGCAAGGUUAUUGAAACUAGAACUGUGGAAGCGCCCUACUUUUUGCCAGAAACCAUAUUCCGAGACAAGUGCAGCCUUCCCAAAACCUUAGACAAGGAUGACAAGAACUUGUUUUUCCUGACUCACAAGAUUGCUGAAUCCUUGGGUGGCAGCGGAUACAGCGUGGAGAGGCUGUCUGUGCCUUACGUGCCCCAGGUGACAGAUGAAGACAGGAUGUCCCGGAGGAAGAGUAUUGUGGACACCGUAUCUAUCCAGGUGGAUAUUCUUUCCGGCAAUGGCACAGAGGAUAAGGUCAAUAAUACAGAAGAAAUUACCUUUGAAUCACUGAAGAAGGCGAUAGACAAUGCUGGCAUUGACGAGCAGAAGGAGAAGCAGCGCCUUGUGAUAGAAAAGUUCCAGAAAGCUCCCUUUGAGGAGAUUGCGGCCCAGUGUGAGAGCAAGGCGAACCUCCUUCACGACCGGCUUGCUCAGAUAUUGGAACUCACAAUUCGCCCCCCUCCUAGCCCCUCCGGGACCCUGACUAUCACUGCUGGACACACCCACUACCAGUCGGUUCCAGUCUAUGAGAUGAAGUUUCCAGAUCUUUGUGUGUAUUAAGUGUCUUCUGGCCUCUGCUGGGCAUUAUUUAGCAUUAAAGCACAUGGUGGUAAAGCCCGAAACGAGGGUUUGAGCUGGGCUCUCUCUCUUCCCUUUGGCACAUAUAAAGAGAGCUUCAGAAAUGGCCCUGGCCGUAGCACAGCAGGGCUCCAGUUGUGCCUGAAUUGCAGAGGUUCCUUAAGAUCUCAUUUGUUCCACUGCUCAUUCUUCUCACUGCUAAUUUAUCUCACUUUGAUGUACAGAAAAACCACAACCCCGUAAGUGUAAUAUUGCCUGUUUUGCAGCAGAGGGGAUGUUUUGGCCAGAAGCCGUGGGCUCUGUGGUUCCACUCUGUCCAGAUGUUGUAGGGUUAACAUGCUGCCUUGUUCACUCUGCCUUUUUGCUGCACAAGAGGCGGGUCGCCUUAAGGCUGAGGCUCCCAAACCUGGGUCCCCAGAUGUUGUUAGACUACAACUCCCUUCAUCGAAUCGCCCCCGCCCUUCGGCCAUUGCGGCUGGGGAAGACGGGACUUCUAGCCCAACAUCUGGGGACCCUUGUUUGAGAGGCCCCACCUUAAGCCAUGCUGGGUAGGGACUUCGCUACUAUGGUCUCCAUGACACGAAAUCACCGGCAGGACGCAAUGUGUGCUGCUGCUUCAAUCACAGUAGUAAAUCUGAAUGUAAUGUUGUGCUUCCUGGAAAUCUUGUCCCUCGGCUGUUUCCAACGUCCCGUGCUCUGCUUUGGCAAGGAAAUGCCUCUCCCUCGAGCACCCAGCUGCAACCCUUUGGGAUGUCUUUAAGGUGUUGACUUCAUGCCCUGUGCUUUCAGGAAAAAAAUGAUGUAUUUUUGCUGUGCUGCUUUUAGAAUACUUAAAUGAUACAUAUAUGUAGUUAGACAGCUACACACUUAUAUUUAGUAUAGUGAGAGAGAUUACGGGCAUUUUAAAAUGGUAAAUAGUUUUUUACUAAUUUUCUGUGACAUCGUGAAAGAGAAGCUGGUUAUUCUGUCUCUCUGUAUUAUAGUGGUGUAGGUUUUUAGUGAUAUUUUUGUCAACUUGAAAGAGAAAAAAAUCCUGUGGAUGGAGCUUCCUGGAGAGGUUGGAGUCCUUAUUGUAUACUUCCUUCACUGUCUUCUACCACAAGUGGUCACAUUUUUAAAAACGCAUCAACUUGUAUCUGCUUUGAUUCCAUUGACCCAUCUGAUGAAAAAUGAGCAAGCCAGGAUCCACAGGGCUAUGUAUCAUAGCCAAGAUGUUACCUGAUGCAGAGAGAGCAGCCUUCUGGAUUAAUCUGCACUUAAUGUCCAUCACACAAAAAGCAAAGCACACAGCAAGUUUUUUGUGUUUGUAAACCUGAACAGCACAAGAAUAGCUGGUAAGCUUUGGUAAUCUAGAACCAACAGCUUCUCGAUGAAACCUGUGUUUUCUGAAGCUUCCUUUUGUGAUGCUUGCUUGCUUUUCAGAAAAGAUCUGCCCAUUACUUGUCGAGGUCACAGUUUGAUUGUAAAUUGACUAGGGGUGGGAGAAGAGGUUGACGACAUUUUACAAGAUGAUACAAUGCUGGAUUUUAAAAAUGAAAAACAAAGUGGGAAAGGGCUAGUCUUUUGCCCACUGUCUAUUAGUGUUGUCGACGUAUGCAAUGAGCUGCCGAUGCUCUCGAGAAGUCCCUACAAAGCUCAGGCCGGUAACCAUGCGCUUCUUUUCAGUUUGACAGUGCAAUCACAGCUCUUAGUGGAUGACGAAACAGCCUCUUUCGUACAGCCUUCCCCUGUGAUUGCAGCUGCUCCACAGCUUCACCCUGCUGGCGCCCCUCUUGGUGCCCUUAGCUUCCACCUUUUGGUUUGGGAAGGUAAGAUGUCUUGGCGUGUGCUGUUGUCCAAAUGCCGUUUUCCUCAAAGACAAAGUGAUUCCGAGCUUAGUGCACAUACAAAGGAGGCCAUCCACAAUGCUGUCUUUUUCUAAAGUACGUCUGCUUUUGUACAAAAUCUUUAAAAACCCAUAAAAAUAAAAAAAAUGCUCUUUGAUUUGCACUCAUGCAGUCUGUGGCUGGUGCUGCUGUGCGACCUCAGCUGUCUCCUCACUCAGCUCUGCAUGCAUCAAGAUGCCUUUUGCAUUUCAUCUCUCAUUGGCUUUGAAGCCUCCCCUGAGUUGUUCUCAUCUUUGUCGUGCAUCACACCAUGGACUUCGGUCUUGCCAGAAUGGAUGUUUUCUUCGUUUGGCAUUUAAUGGGGCGGGGGGCGGGAGUAAACAAGAGCUGUCAUCUUAGAGUUGGGCAAGCUUGGUCCAAAAUAUUCAUUCCAUUGUGAAUUGGACAGGCAUGGAAAAGCACAGUGUCCUGGGUGUAGCCCAGAGAAUGGUCAAGGAAACCGGGCUGGUGGUUAAGAUGACUGCGUCGCUAACUUUGACCCUUUGAAGGGCUUGGACCACCAGGGCUGUGUGCUUCACCUGCUAUGUCUGUGACACGUUUGGCUCUGUCUGGAUGUUUGUCCCUUGGAGUCCUGCUGGUAUUUGUUUGUACUCUGGCUCCGGUCUCGGCAUCUCAGCUGAUGAUUUUAAAAGAAUGUAUAACUUUUCAUAGCAACUUUGUUUUAAGACAUAAAUGAAAACUGUCACAACACACAGGAAAGUCAGAGAACCACUUAAGCUGUCUAUUUUAAUGAUGCUUCAAUAUAUAUUCUGCACACUCUGUAACGAGCCAUUUGACUAAUUGUAAGAACACUGUGCAAUCCACAUGUAAGCAAUAAAAUAAACCAAAUAGUGAAAAGUG